AUGAGCACCGCCCCGCUGCCCGCCGCCCCGGCGGCCGAGGAACUCCGGCUUCUCCAGCAGAAAAUCGGCCAGUUCCGCGUCGUCCAGUUGAAGGAGCUCUGCAAACACUCGGGCCUCGCGGUCUCGGGCCGCAAGCAGGACCUCGUGGACCGCGUGCUCCAGCUCGUCCGCCAGCUCGCGGCCCCGGGCCGCCACGUCGAGAUGUUGGCCAUGCAGACCUUGGUCUGGAAGCUCGCGGUCAACGGCGACGCGCCGCCCUUGCACCAGCUCGUGCACACCAUCCAGCUGGGCCACUUCUCGUACCAGCAGGUGCACGAGCUGCUCGCGCAGUUCCGCCGCAGCGCCGGCGCCGCCCACCCGCGGGACCCCGCCCGCGCCGUGCCGCCAAACCCAUUGGCCCCGGGAACGGCGCCGCCUGAUCACUCGGCCUGGGGAACGGCGCCGCCAAACCACACGGCCCACGCGCCCCCGGGGCCCGCCGCGCCGGCGGCCCGCUACCGCAGCACGGUGUUCUACACGCUCCGGCAGCGGGUGGGCGGCCACGUGCUCCAGGCGUCCAAGGCCCGUGCCAGCUCGCAGUUCGUGCUAGCGUUGAGCGCCAGCCAGGCCGCGCUCUUGCGCAUGGACGCGCGGGCGCGGCUCCUCCUCUUGUGCUGCGCGGAGCCCGCGGCCCGCGCGGGCAGCGCCGCGCCCAUCCUGUUCCCGCCCAUCGAGAUCCACGUGGACAACGUGCUCACCAAGCAGAGCGUGCGCGGGCUCAAGGGCCGGCCGGGCUCCGCGCGGCCCGCGGACCUCACGCCGUACGUGGCGCACCCGGAGCGGCCCGUCGCCGUGCGCAUCGUGUACUCGGACGCGCCGGAGCGGCACCUCCUCGACGCGUACAUCGCCGAGACGGCCCUGCCCGAGGCCAUCUUGGACGCGGUGCGCCGCCGGCCGCACGUCCUGCUCGAGAGCACGCGCCGCGCCGUGUGCGCCGAGAACGAGCGCGCCGCGCGCGACGGCGUCGUCGUGGCCAGCGUGCCGCUCUCGCUCCGCUGCCCCAUCACCUACGCGCGCAUCGCCACGCCCGUCAAGAGCGUCCACUGCGACCACGUGCAGUGCUUCGACGGGCUCUCCUUCUUGAUGAUGCAGGAGCGCAUCCCGGCGUGGCAGUGCCCGGUGUGCUCCCUGCGCAUCGACGAGCACCUGCUCGCCGUGUCUGACUUCUUGCAGGCCGUGCUCGACGGCGCGCCGCCGGAUGCGGACGCCGUGCGCUUGCAGCCGGACGGCUCGUGGCGCCCGGACGACGCGGGCCCACGCCCGCAGGCCCCGGCGCCGGCCGACGCCAGCGUUGAGGUCAUUUCGCUCGACAGCGACUCCGACCCCGAGCCCGACGUGUGCACGGUCGCCGACGCCACCUUGGAACCCGCCGACGCCACCUUGGAGCCCGCCGACACCACCUUGGAGCCCGCCGACACCCACGCGGGCCAGGACAUCCACGCCACGCCGGCCUCGUCCGACGACGAGCUGGUCGUCGCCCGCAACAGCAGAAAGAGGGCCCGCGUGCCCGACGCCGACAGCCCGCUGCUGGAGCCCGCCGGUCCGCCCCGUCCGCCCGCCAGUCCGCCCGGCCGCGGCCCGACCGCCUCGCCUGGGACCCCGCCCACGCCCGCCGUGCUCCCGAGCCACGCCCGCGCUGGGCUCGUCGCUGGCCCGAGCGCGACGGCCCGCUCUCUUGACGACCUCCCGAUAAGCCAGUAUCUAUCCCGCAGAAGAAGCCAAAUGAACGAGGCUAAGCCAACCUCUGCGCAAGGCGCGUCCGGCGGGAAUGGCACGCGACUCCCACGGGCUCCCUCGCUGACGGGACACGUGCCCAGUGCCAGCGGCCAUGCCCCGUCCUCCCUGACGCACAGCCCCUCCCUAGGGGCGCCCCUGCCUAGGACGGCCUCACUGCCGGCUCAGAGACCCGCCGCAGCACACCAUGAUACGGCUGCGCCGGCGGCGGCUGAACCAUCUCCCCACACAGCCGAAGCACGGGCACGCCAAGUGCCUGGAACCAUCCUGCCCGAACAACGGGCCCAAAACUCCGCGGCACACACUCCUGUCACGAGGACAGCUGAUGCCUCUGGUGUCGCCGAAGUCGCCAGCCAGAAAGCCGCCGCGGUGGUCCGCCCUGCCGCUGCUUCCAUGCCUGCCGCUGCUCCCAUGCCUGCUGGCCUGAGGCCUGCUGCCUCCCUCCCGAGCUCCCGUCCAGAGCUUGCCAACACAGACCUACGCUCAAAAGACGGUGGCCGCUCUCAUACGACAGGUCCUACAUCAGCUCUGAUAGGUCCUACAUCAGCACUGAUAGGCCCUACACCAGCACUGGCUCAGGCCAUUGGUCAAAGUCAAGCUGUCGCUCAUGAUUACACAGAGCUCCACAACCCGGGCCCCCCAAUCAGACCUCAAGCGACGAUAUCUCAUUCGUCCCCACCCGGCAUACCCAAGGAGGACCAGUUGCGCAGUCUCUACCCGACACAGCCUGCCUCCACUCUGCAGGGUCUCUACCAAGGGUUGCUGAUACCACUCGUGUGGCAAAAUAAAGAAAAUCACUCAAAAGGGCUUGGGAGGCUGGCGAGCCCAACAAAGUACCCCCUGUCACUUACACAACCACCCAUGUCCUCGGCAGGAGCUAUGGGCUCCAUGCAAGGCAGUGUCCCCAAGGAAUCGACGAAAGCCAGGGCUCUGAAAUCGGGUACCGCCCGUGCGCUACUACGCCCGGAGAUUCCCGACGAUGUGUCCAUCAUUGAUGUGAUUCAAGAUAUAGUGUCGAGGUCCUGCUCUCCGCGUCUCUCGAAGGCUUCAGACACAGAUGCCUUGCAACAGACCUCUACCCAAACAGCACAGCCAUCGGCUUCAUCCCAGCAUUCUACUCCACAUGCGACUGACCCACUAAUGUCUGGUGGAGGCAGUCAAAACCAACACCGUACUUCUUUGCAAACGGAGACAGGUACUCAGACCCAGGAAUCACAGGCCCCCGCCGGUUCGGCCCUCGUUACUACAGACAGAAGCAUUAUGCCAACAUCUUCAACAUCGGGCCCCAAAAGUCUAGCUCCACAAAUAAUGGCGGCCAAUGUCAUCACUCAAAGAGACUCCCCACCGCAUGAUGCCACUGAUAGUCUUCGUGAAAAGAACUCGUCAGUUUCAUAUGCGAAUUCGAGCGCGUCUGUGGGACAUCUGGGGCCUACGCCUGGUACAUUUACCGCCGAUGUUCACCCUUUUUCGCAGUCAAGACCAAGUUACGACAAAACUGUUGGCGGUUACCCAAUAAGUCAUUACUUCCUGGGUCAAAUCGCGAGACCAAACCUAUCGGAUCAUCAAGCUCGUCAUUUGAAAGCAGCAUCCAGCCCUGCACUCCCGUAUUCACGAGGUGCCAACUCUUGGAGUGAGCCUUCCCCGACUACUACGAUGAGCUCCCAAGUGAAUGAAACUCCCAAUAAUUCUCAUCCGCUCAACAAAUCAGCAUACCACCAAGCACAGCCCCAUUUGAAGUCCGACAUCAAUCCGACGAGAGCGCUGAAUCCUACUUAUCAGCAAAAUGUUCGAAUGUCCUCCAAUAUGAUACAUGCGUAUCAGCGGAGCUUGUCGGAGAGUGUUCUUCCUGUGGGUGUACCCGGAAGACUGACUCAACCUCUGCUUGUGCUGACGGAGGAUGUACAGUCUAAACCCACACAAAGAACUGAAGGAGGUAUCUCAGUACUACCAGCCACAAGAUCUUAUUCUCAUGGAAAUCAAUCCCCAAUUGGCCUUUUACUCAGCUCGAAACCUGUGCAUCGGGAAACCCAAAAUGUGGGCAUAGCCACCCAGCUUCUGCAACAAGCCGCAAGCGCCGGUACGCCAAUAAGUUCCACUGUGAACAGUCGACCACCAUUAGUUCAGUCAAAGAGCACCUUAACAGAACAACCCAAACCAUCAAGGAUAGAAUAUUCGCGCGAGAAACUUGGUACCACGGAACCUUACACUCACAAUGUCGAGAAAGUUAGGACUGAAAACUCCCACCAACCGGAAAACUUAAGCAAAAAUUCUGGUGAAACACGGUAUUCUAAGACGGUGUUUGACCACCUCAGCACAAAUAACACUGCCGUGCCAAUUGUACGAGGAAUUCUAGGCAUUGAACUCUCGAAGGGCGCAUUCCAACCGUCGCGAGAACGCACACCAACGUUUCUUGGUACUCCGAGUAAGCCAGGCUCCACACUGGGCGUCGGAAACCCACCUGUCCAAAGUAUGAGCGCGCAGCAAGACCCAAACUCCCAUGCCGAUGAACAAGAAGAGAGUCACAAUACAACUUUCUCACCGCUCAACAACUCAAUAAAGGAUAUGGUCAUCCAAACACCAACGAACAAAAAGAGAUCCAUCUCCGAGGAUUUCGUGACAGAAAAAACUUGGAACAAGAGAUUGAGUAAGAAAGGGACGACAAAAAAAAAAUUUGUCCCCAGUGACAUCGAUCUGGCGGAAAUCAUCGAGCUUAACGAUUAA